GUGUGCUGCCCCCUCCCUCAUUUCACACCCUAGGCACCGUCGCCAACACCAUGUCGACCUGGGGAAUUGGUGACGACCAUGACUCCGACGAAGUACAGGCACUGAAGGAACAACUCCGUAACAAGGAUGCACAAUACGCUACGCUGCACAGCCAGCUUCUCAAGGGAGAAGACGAAAGGCACGAUUUGCGGGACUCUUUUGACGACGUUGUCACCAAACUUCGACGAGAAGCCGACCGAGCAUUACAGCUUGAUGCCACUAUCACCCAACGAAAUCAAGAAUUACAGAACGAACGCAUAACGCGUCAGAAUGCCGAUGCUGCUCUGGCCGCGACACAGCAGAAAUUGAAGGCAGCCGAACAGACUUCGCAUGAACUGCAGGGGACACUCGAUUCACUCAGUAGGGGGAUCCAGUCGACUUCUUCGCAGAAAGGAGCACUGGAAACCGAGAAUUUUACCCUGAAGGCGAAGGUACGGUCUUUGCAAGCGGAGCUGGCUGCCAAGGAUCACGCAGCGGAGACAAGUCUACGACAGAGUCGAAAUGCGACGACUGGCCAGCGUGGCCGCCCACGGUCCUCGUCUGCGAACAACUUCCGAGUCACCGCGCUCGAGCGCGACUCUGCUGACUUGCAUAGUCGCCUGGCUCAACAGAGUACGCAGUUACGCGAGGCCAAAUCCCAGGCCGCACGCCUACAAGAGUCUCUGGUACAGAAGGAGAACGAGAUGAUGGCCAUGCAGAAGCAACUUCGUAGGGAGCUCGACGAAGCUCGAAGCUCGCUCGAGGACCGUCAGGAGGAGUUGCGGAUGAUACAAGGCAGCGGUGGGGCCGACGCGGCUGCAAGGGAAGCUAGUCUCCUGGAGCGACUGGAGGAUGAGGAACGAAGGGCCGCGAUGCUCGAGGCCGAGCUCAAGCGUUCGAGUGGAACGCAGAACAAGAGGGAGCUCGCAAUGCUACAGGGCGAAGUGCAGAGGACUCUGGAUUUGCUGGAGGCUGAGAAGAGGAAGGUUCAGGGCGCGGAGGCAAGAUUAGUUGAACUGGUUGCCGACAAGGAGUCUGCAUUGGACGAGCGGGACGGCGCUUGCCAGCAAGCGCAACAGAUGCAGGGAUGUAUCCGUGAGAUGAGCAUCAGGAUACAGGAUCUGGAGAACCGUCUCGCGAGUUCUGUCCAGGGCUCCCUGGUCCCUUUGUCGCCAGGCAGAGAUGCAGAGGCUGCGGCAACGAUCGAGCGCCUGCUCAACAAGAUCGAGAGUCUUCGCAGUGAGCGUGAUGGUCUCCGUUACGAGCGCGACGAUCUUCAGAAGGACUUCGACUUCCUAACAGACGAGAGCAGAUUCACCAUCGAGGAUCUGCGAACGAAGCUCUCUGCUGCUUUGACAAGUACGAACGCCUCGUCUCAUGCGCACGCCCUUGUUCCUCGGAACGCAUCCGCCGGUUAUCACAAUGCACGCCUCGGGGGCCAUGUACUCGUCUUCGCGCUUGUCGCUCAGUAUUCAGCUGAGCAGGACGCAGAUAACGUCGCGCGGAUCGAGUUCUUGUCACACUCAUUAUCCAUCGCCCGCGGCGAGUUGGCGUUCGCUCAGCAAUCCUUGGUCGACAAGGAGACGCAUAUAUCUGACAUGAAAGCCGACAUCGACGAGAAAGAUGCCGGACUACACCAACUUCAAGCGACGCUCGCUGAAACUACACACAAUCUACACCUCGCCGAGUCCACCAUAGCCGCCUGCAAAGACAUCAUCUCUCGUCUGGAGGAAGAGCGUUCUCGCGAUCGAGACCACCAGAACGACGCAGGCACAACCCUCACCCAAGCUGAGGCUCACCUCGAAGAGCUUUCGAAGGCCCUUCUUGAGGCCGAAACGCAGAGAGACGCUCUCGCGCUCCAGCUGCAGCACACUCAGCAGGACCUCGAGACCACCCGCCAGGAGCUAACGGAGGCUGAGGGGCGGUUCGCGCAACAACUGCGCUCCCUCUCUUCAGGGCAGUCCGAUAAGGCGCUCAACGACCAGAUCAGUGCUCUUGAGGAGCGCGUUGACCGACGAACACAGCAGAUCGGGCUUCACCAGCACGAUAUCAAGCGCCUCGAAACCAACUUGCGGCUGCAGGAGGAGCGCGUUGCGGAGAUGACUGCCGAGCUGGAGGUGAUGAUGGGCGAGAAGGAAGCGAUGGUGGAGGAUUGCAGGGCGAGUAGGGAAGAUAGGGACGAGGCGCGUUCCCAGUGUGAGGCGCUCGAGGAGAAGGCGGAGCAACUCGAGGACGAACGGGGGGAGCUCCGGGCCGCAUUGGAGAGCGUGAAGGCGGACGCCAGGAGUCUUACGGAGCAGAUCCAGCAGCUCACGCAGCAGCGGGCGAUGUCUGGGUCCGUGGAGGCCGAGUUGCAGUCGCGCUUCAACGAGGAACGCACAUGCCUCUCGCAGGCCCUUGAAGAGAAGACACGUCUUGCGGAAGGCCUGCGUUAUGAGGCGUCUCGAUUGGAGAACGAGGCCAUUCAAGCAACCGUCGCCCUCGCAACGGUCUAUGCCGCCGUUCGUGCUACAGACGUGUCUAAACGUUGCGCAGAGGAUGCUCGAGUCCUGGCGCAGCAGGAGUCCGCCCUUCUUCGGCGAGACGUAGAGGAUAAGGAGGCGCAAAUCACGUCGUUGCAGCAGCAGCUAGACGCGCUCCGAGAGCUACAAGCGGCCGCCGAUGGCGAGAAGGAAUCACAGCUUCUGGCAGAACAGACGAGACUCCAGGAAGAGCUUCAAUCCUUGCGAUCCGCUCAUUCUGAAGUACGAUUAACUCUCGAACGCGAGAGCCAGCGUUUCAGCCAGACUAGUGAAGAGUCCCAGCAGAAGCUUGCGGAGAGCGCUAGGACAGAGUCACGUCUUAGGGAGCAGCUCGCAGCGGUGGAGGCGGCCAAGGCUGAAGCCGUUCAGACUCUCCAGGUCCAACUCGACAAGGUCACUGCGGAUCUCGAAGCUAUCCAAGCAUCGCACGAGCAGUUGAAGCAGUCGCACCUGGAAACCGAGACUGUCUUGAUCGCCUCUAAGCGAGAGCUCGAACAGCAGCUUCAAGAUGCCUUGGCACGCCUCCAGGAGACGGAUCGCAUCGGUGACGAGUUGACUGCCAUUCGGGCGGACCAACAGAAGGAGCUGGAUGACCUGUACGACGAUUUUGAGCGCACCAAGGCUGCACUGGACGAAGCCAACUUCUCUCGCAAGGAGAUCGAUGUACAGUGCCAAGAUCUUAUUGGGGAGGUCGAGGCUCUCAAGGCGCAGCUAUCGGAGCGGACGGAAGCUUAUGAGGCCGCAGAGGCUGAAUUCGAGCAGCUCCGCGACUGCGAGCUCAAGGAGAUGAAGGUACGACUCGACAGCACGGCUCGUGAGGCAGAGCAGGCUCGGAGUGUCCUCUCUGACCUCGACCUCCGAUACCAGCAGCUCUCUGAGGAGUCGUCUGCCGUGAAGAACGACCUGGAGAACCAGCUCACGUCUGCGCAGGACGAAGUCGAUUACCUGAAGGCGACCCUUCGAGGCGAAAUGGACUUACACUCUCGUACGCAGAAGGAGCACGAAGAGGAGGUCCGACUAGCUAAAGACAAGACGGCUGAAGCGGAACGGGAAAGCGGGCAGCUCCGGCAAGAGAUCACCGCGCUCCGUACGCAGCUCGAGGAGGCGGAGACUUCCCUGCAGACCCUCGAGAACGAGCGGACAGCUUUGCAAUUCGAAGCGACGAGUAUGAGCGGCGAGGUACAACGGCUCAAAUCUCUUCAACGCUACCUGGAGAGCCAGGUCAAGGACAGUGAGACGCGCAUUCAGUCUCUGUCGGACGACCUUGACGAGGUGCGCUCGAAACUCGUGCAGUCGGAGAAAGCAUUCCAAGGCUUGGAGGCUACGUCGUCUAUGCGGGAGAUCCAGCAAGAGCAGACUAUUCACGCUCUCAAGCGUGAUCUCCAUGCAUUGCGCUCGAAUCCAUCUCUGCAAGAGAAGAUUGCCGACCUCGAAGAGCGCAACAUGGAUAUGGAGGAGCUCCUACGUAACAAAUGCAUGGAGAUUGAAGAGAACGAUGAUCGCUUCAUUGAGGUGCUCAAGGAGAAGAAGAAACUCACGAGCAAGAUUGAGUCCCUCACGAGGAAGCUCCACGCACUGCAGAGCAAAGUUGCGGCCGGGGAAGCGGGCACAUCCACACCGAAGGCGGGGGUUCAGGCAGGGCCCUCUGUUCCUGCGCUUCGUACGGCAAGACCAUCAACCUCAACUGUGAACCUGCCUGUCGUUCCGAGGCUAGAGCGCGUAGCGCAGCCACAACCCCCAUUGCCCACCCCUACCUACACGCCAACGACCCCCAAUCCCCGCUCACGUAUCGCCUCAGGGCCGUCUGCAUUGCCGCGGCCCAAGACACCAGAGUCCCGGACGUCCCAGCCUACCGUAUUCAGAGCGCGCACGCCAGAAGCGAGACGGACACCGUCGCAUGCACCGCCUAUGCCUCCGAUCCCCGCAAUGCCCAUGGCGUCCUCAUCGAUGGAGACGACGAGCACCGCAGGCAAGAAGCGGCGAGCACCCGACGACUUCGACGACUGCGAGAGCCUCCCUCCGCAGGGCUUCACCGCGGAUUGUCUGCCCGUCAACCAACCCACGACGCCUCGUGCCCGCAGAGCACUGCAGGCGGUGCGGACGGGCUUCACGCCUGUACGGCACCAGGUCGCGCAGCUGUCCCCGCGGAGGGCGACCACCGCCUCCCUCCCUCCCGUCAUCGCGGACGUGACGAACAGCCCGCGCGGGAAGGCGUCCGCGCAGGAGGCGACGGCUGCGAAACGGGGAUGGCUGGGGAAGAUUAGGAAUGGCUCGGGGCAGGCGAGGGCAGUGUCGUCCCGGCCAAUGUUCGACCGCAGGUAACGAUGCUCGAUGCAGAAUCUCAGUCUCAGGUUGUCGCCGGUCGGUCUGCAUGACGUUCGAUACCCACACUAGUGUACAAUAUCUCCGGUCGUACGAGCUUCAGGUCUAUGUUAUGUGGUAUGCAUGCAUUGUACAGACUCUGUAUCCUUAGCACGCAUGGACUCUAGUCUCUCGAAUACAUUUUCUGAUACUCUCC